UUAAUGGCUUUUGUCCGAUGUUUUUGUGUUAGCUGAAUGAUGUCUUGUCCAAUAUAUAACCGCACAUGUUGUCACAAAAGCUUCUUCCUGCUCUUACCAUUUUCCAACCAUGGAACCCUUAUCCCUUCCACUUCUUCUCUUACUUUUCUUUCUCUGCUUCUGUCUCUAUCUUCGCUCUUCGCAAAACAAACCAACCAAGAACGGCUUCAAAAACUACCCUAUACUAGGAGCUUUACCUGAUUUCUUGAAAAACCGCCACCGUUUUCUUGAUUGGACAACUGAAGUUCUCAGCUGCUGUCCGACCAACACCUCUGUCUUUCGCCGUCCCGGUAAAGUCCAUGGAGUCAUCACUGCGAACCCUUUAAACGUUGAACAUAUUCUCAAGACUAAGUUUGAGAACUACCCAAAGGGAGAACGGUUCAUAUCCCUUCUCGAAGACUUUCUUGGCCAAGGAAUCUUCAACACUGAUGGAGAACUGUGGAGAGUCCAAAGGAAGACGGCAAGCUAUGAGUUCAACACCAAGUCACUUAGAAACUUUGCCAUGGAAAAUGUUAAGGUUGAGCUUUCGACAAGACUGGUCCCAAUCCUUGCAAGAGCUUCAGGAAUGAACCAAGUGUUGGAUUUGCAAGAGAUGUUAGAGAGAUUUGCGUUUGAUAAUAUAUGUAAACUUGCUUUUAAUGUUGAUCCUGGCUGCCUUGGGGGCGAUGGAACUGCUUGUGGUGAGUUUAUGCAGGCCUUUGAAGAAGCUACCACUCUCAGCUCCGCAAGAUUCAUGUAUGCUCUUCCAUUCUUGUGGAAAUUCAACAAGUUCUUCCUUUUAGGACCAGAAAGAACACUCAAAAGAUCAAUUAAGAUCGUCCAUGAAUUCGCCGAUGAGAUCAUACAGUCGAGACUAGCUCAAAAUAGGGACAAGCAAGACCAAGAUCUACUGUCUCGUUUCAUCGGAGACGGGGACAACUCGCUAGAUUUCCUUAGAGAUAUUGUUAUAAGCUUCAUUCUUGCAGGCAGAGACACCACAUCUUCAGCUUUGAGCUGGUUCUUUUGGCAACUGUCGUUAAACCCACAUGUAGAAAGAAAAAUACUGGAAGAACUUGAAGCCAUCAGAGCGAGAAACGGCAAAAACAUUGGUGAAACUUACAGCUUCGAAGAACUGCGGGAUAUGCAUUAUCUACAAGCGGCUAUUUCAGAAACGUUAAGAUUGUAUCCACCUGUACCAGUGGACACAAAAGCUUGCAAGAAUGAUGACUAUUUGCCGGACGGCACGUUUGUGGGAAAGCGUUGGUUUAUAACAUACCACACAUAUGCAAUGGGCAGAAUGGAGAGUAUAUGGGGCAAGAAUUGCUGCGAAUUUGUGCCUGAAAGAUGGCUAGACGAUGGGAUUUGCAGACAAGAGAGCCCAUUUAAGUUUCCAGUGUUCCAUGCUGGGCCAAGAAUGUGUUUAGGUAAAGAUAUGGCCUAUAUUCAAAUGAAAUCCAUAGCAGCUUCUGUGGUAGAGAGGUUCCAUAUUGAUGUACAGAACAAAGACAAAUGCCCCGAGCAUCUGUUGGCUAUGACUCUGAGGAUGAAGGAUGGGUUGCACGUGAAGGUGAAGGAAAGAUGUAGCUCUGAUUAUAGAGCUCCAAGAAUUUGAGUAUACAGUGUAGAGAAUAAUACAUUUUAGCAUUUUUUUUAAUUUAUGGAUAUUGUUAAUGUCUACAUUUAAAUUUGUGAAGAAAGCUGUUCAAUGUUACUGAAGGUACAGCCAUAUAUUCCUAAUUAUUUUAACAAUAA